CUCACCUCAGUCGAAACUGUCUUCCGGCUUGUCCACAUUAUCUCCUCGUCAUCCGGUCUCGAACUCGAAAAAGUGCUUCUAUCACCGUCCGCCGCUGGGAAUCGAACAUUUGAAGCCUCGGGCAGCCAGAUCUCGCAGUCUUCGUCGAGUUGCGUUUGUUACCACUUGUUCCGCCCAAAUAACGUAUCUUGCGGAGAGCAUUCCGAACCACAGCACGUGCAAAGGAGAACCAAUCGAGCUUUUGUGGUACAUUGGGCACCGAGCAGUGUCUUAUGGGUCCUAGGAAGGAGAAGAGCAGCCUGAAGCGCAACCGGCAUAGUACCGGUGACGACCAAGAAAUAAAGAAGCCCCGACGAUCCCAGAGGAUAUCCUCGCAAACCCAGAAAGAUGUAAAGCAGCAUACUCCUAUUAAAAAUCAAUACCUCCCUUCGCCCUUAACGAACCACGAGUCCACCGCAACCGAGUUAGUCAAGGAGCAGACAGCAACCCCUCCAGAAGGUCGUCCCAGCCAGAUUCGCCAUGUCACUCCAUUGUCCUCACCUCAAUUGCAUGCCCUAUCUUCACCUCCUCAAGACACACAGCCACUGUCACAGUUUGUCUAUCCACCAAGAGAUGUCGAGCUUGAUUUAGAUGAUGACGAUGGCACCUGGGGUUAUCUGUUCCCUCUGACUGGAGUUGGGAAACGACUUUCCUUGAAGAAAAGAGCUUUUUGUCCUGCUCCAACAGAACCCCUCGAGAUAAGUCGGUCGACCGUCAAGAACGUAAAGCGCGGGAAGGAUCAGCUCAAAGAAGAUGAGGAAGAUUAUGAGGCAGACAAACAGGUGGUCGGCUUUCCGGCUGGUGGUUAUCUUGUCGGACGACAUCCUGAAUGCGACAUGGUCAUUGAUAUUCCGACCGUAUCAAACCGACAUUUCUUGGUAUUCAAUGAGAGCAGACUUGGUGACACCAUCGCUGUACUCGAGGACUUAUCCAGUAACGGAACGUUUGUGAACGAGGCGUUGCUUGGCCGCAACAAGAGACGAGAACUUGAGGACGGAGACGAAAUCACUAUCCUCGAUGAAGCCAGAUUCGUCUUUCGAUAUCCGAAAAAUCGAGACUCGAGUGCUUUCAACUCCCGAUACCGAAUUCUGCAACAAUUGGGUAAGGGUCAUUUUGCGACAGUCUACCUAUGCGUGGAGCGGUGCACUGGCUUCAAAUAUGCUGUCAAGAAGUUUGAGAGACGGAUGGGCGAGUCCCAGAAAUCCCAAACGGAAGGGUUGCAGCAAGAGAUAGCUCUGUUGAUGAGCGUUAGCCAUCCUAACGUGCUUUGUUUGAAGGAGACCUUUGAUGAGCUAGAUGGUGUCUAUCUUGUUUUGGAGCUCGCUGCCGAAGGCGAGCUGUUCAAUCUAAUUGUGUCGAAGCAAAGAUUGACCGAGGCCGAGACUCGAAAGAUUUUUGUGCAAUUGUUCCAGGGUACCAAAUAUCUUCACGAGCGAAACAUUGUUCACCGAGACAUCAAGCCCGAGAAUAUCCUACUAACUGACAAGAACUUGUCAGUCAAGUUGGCUGAUUUUGGUUUGGCCAAGAUCAUUGGCGAGGAGUCGUUUACGACCACAUUGUGUGGAACACCAAGCUAUGUCGCUCCGGAGAUCUUGGAGAACACACGCCAUCGGAAAUACACAAAAGCAGUCGACAUCUGGUCCCUCGGAGUGGUGCUAUACAUUUGUCUCUGCGGUUUCCCACCGUUCUCUGACGAACUCUAUUCGCGCGACAAUCCAUAUACUCUCGCUCAACAGAUUAAGAUGGGCCGCUUCGACUAUCCCUCUCCAUACUGGGAUUCCAUCGGCGAUCCUGCUCUUGACCUGAUCGACCGAAUGUUGACCGUGGAUGUGGCCAAGCGCCUUACCGUCGACGAAUGUCUCGAACACCCCUGGACCAGAAAUGCAGGCACCAUCAACCCGGCCGACUCGACCGAUGGACUGACCGGCGCCAUGCACGCGCUGGACUUCUCUAGGCGCAAGGUCCAGCGCGAACGAACACUACUGUCAGACAUCAACGACAUCAAAGUGAACAAGGUUGUCCCCGUCGAUAGCCAGCAAAUGCCCGGGAAGGACGGGGGCGACACGGCCCGCGUCAAAGUCUGGCAGAAGAACCCAAACGGCAAGAUUGUCAGGACGCCAAAGAACAAAUCCAAGGGAACAGGAACAGCCACCGCGAAGAAGGAGGAGGAUCCGGCUGCGAAUAGGCAGCAGGACGAAUUCAUGGGUAUGGGUGGCAAGGGAGACAUGCAGUUGUUCGGGGAUGAUAUAUCGUCGCGGUACCUUCCUGAGGAGGUCCCUGAUACGCAGAAGUCGCAAAAGUGAAACCCCGUCAUGAUAUACUCAUGGUUACUCAAGGUAAAGCCUGAAGGAGGCUCACUCUUGAUGGGGCGAGGAUAUACGGACGGUCUCAUUGCAGGAUAUUGGAGAUUUGCGGCUUCCCACCCUCCAAGCAGGAGGGUAUUGAUUGGAUGAGGGUUGGGUUCAAAGUCGCUCUUCUUGCCAGAGAAGAGACGGUACAUGUCCGCGGAGCCUAUUCCUGGCGUAAGCGAUCAUCUUUAUGUUCUUGAGCCUUGCCUUGCCUGUAGGCUUCAAGGGUGGAUGUGGUGUUUAUCUCGCGGUUAAGAAGUAUGUACAAAAGCGCAUUGGAUUGGAAUAUAAAAAUACGAAAUGCAAUGGAAUUUUACUCGUG